CAACACGUUUCGGAUAUUUAAAGACCAUGCUUCCCAGAAUAAAAAAAACAAUUCGGUAAUAAGUGGAUCGAAUUCGCGUCAUGCCCUGUUCCUAUCAAUUUCGUUUGACGUCAGAAAAAAUACCCUUCUCGCUGCCGAAAAUGUCCUAGCCUUGUAUAUAAACCCCUUGUCUGACAAAGUACAGUAUGUCCAGAUCAAGAGACGUACCAACAAAUUAAGUAAGAUGCAGUCGUUCGAGUUGACAUUUUUCUUCCAGGUGACCGUUUCCGUGUUUAUGACUAUUAAUGGUCAUGGUCGCCUUUUAAACCCAUUGGGAAGAAGCAGUGCCUGGAGAGGUGGGUUCGAUACACCGAAAAACUUCAAUGACAACGAACUGUAUUGUGGGGGAUUCGCACAUCAACAAAGUCUCGGGGGCAAGUGUGGCGUUUGCGGAGACCCUUAUGACCAGCCACAUCCAAGGGAAAACGAGGCUGGGGGAAAAUAUGCAAAGGGUGUUAUCGUAAAAUAUUAUACCAAGGGUUCGACCAUCAACAUCACCGUCGAGAUAACUUCUAAUCAUCUCGGAUUCUUUGAAUUCCGUCUCUGUGAAAACAACGAUGUGGCCAAACCCAUCACAAAAGAGUGUCUAAAAUAUUUACUUCCAAACUCGAAUACAGGAGAGACAAAACAUCAAAUCGGGAAAAAGCCUGGUAAUAUAACAAUCGCUUUGGACCUGCCAUCGAACGUCACGUGUUCCCAGUGUGUCAUUCAAUGGCGAUACCAUACAGGAAAUAGUUGGGGCACUGAUGAAAAUGGAAACGGUUUAGGAUUUGGACCACAAGAAGAAUUCUAUGCAUGCUCAGAUAUAGCUAUUUCAAAUAGAGCAGUAGUCAACACAGCGCCCACUACAUCAGCGACAAGUAGGACAACGACACCUGUAAAAACGACACCUUCAACACCGACACCUGUAAAAACAACACCUUCAACAGCGGCACCUGUUAAAACAACAGAUUCAAAGGCGACAAUAACUGACUCGACCCCCACUACAGCUAGAGAAACUAAGAUAUAUACUACUUUGUCGUCCAUUUUAAAAACAUCAACAUCAGGUAAACCAGCAGCCAUUUUAACCACAACAGAAAGGAUUCCUACGUCAGGAAAUCAAGUCCAGACAACAACUGAAGCCAACACAGCAACACGGAUAACAACGCCAACGACAACCACGCCAUCUACAACUCCAGCGCCCUCUAGCGGUAGCCGGACAUGUGUUUCCGUAUCUAUUGUCGCCACGGAUUCCUGGUGUGACAGCACGUGUAACCAUGUACCUCCACAUUGUCCGUCGACUGUCUGUCGCUGUUCAUGAUAUGCAGAUGAAUAUUUACAUUGUGUAUCAUGUCCAAAGAUACUACUGCCAUAUGUGAACACCAAACUCAACAAAAGGAACUGAUUGCCGUUUUACAAUAUAAAUGCUCUCAUUUAUUAUUUUUAUGUGUCUGUAUUCUUCCGUUUAAUUCUCAGCUGCCAAGACAGGGAAUGAAUGAGACAUGAUUAUCGACUUUCUAAUGAUAUAUUUAUCACUAGAAAAACCAGAAGAUUUAUGUUACAUUUAUCAAAUGGUGAGAUAGACCUUAUUUAAAACUGAAAUUAUGAGGGAAUGUUUGGCGGUGUAGACAAUGUAAGCCAUGUAUACUGUAAAGAUAUAUACAAAAUUACUUUGCAAGGUGUAAAGCGCUAAAAUUCUAAAAGUGUGCAGAUGAAUGAGGUGAGAUGUUGACUUUAUAACUAAAUGUGCGAGAGAUUUAUCACUGGAGAAGUGAGAUUUUUUUAUUGAAAUUCAUAUCUGCAAAAUGAAUAAAAAAUUUAAAUAUUAAA